AUGUGGCGGAGGAGGAAGGGGGCUGGGAGGGUGUCCCAUCUUAACGCCUUUGGGUGCUGCUUUACCCCUCAUAGAAUAUGGAUGCAAGACACCGUCCCGGGGAAAUACAAACAUAACCGCCGAUCUCGCCUUGACAACUCCCUAAUGGCUCUCAGCAGUAACAAAUUGCCAUCCCCACCGUUCUGUUCUGUCCAGGGCUCCCCUUACGACGCCCAUACGACGGGGAUGACCGGGGCCAUCAGCUACCAUCCGUACGGCAGCCCUGCCUACCCCUACCAGCUCAACGACCCCGCGUACAGGAAGAACGCCACCCGCGACGCCACGGCCACGCUGAAGGCCUGGCUGCAGGAGCACCGCAAGAACCCCUACCCCACCAAGGGCGAGAAGAUCAUGCUGGCUAUCAUCACCAAGAUGACCCUCACCCAGGUCUCCACCUGGUUCGCCAACGCCCGCCGCCGCCUCAAGAAGGAGAACAAGAUGACGUGGGCCCCGCGGAACAAGAGUGAGGACGAGGACGACGACGAUGGCGACGGGGCGAGGAGUAAAGAGGAGAACCCUGACAAGAUACCCGAGAGUAACGAGACCUCCGCAGAGGACGAAGGGAUCAGCUUGCAAGUGGACUCGCUGACGGACCACUCGUGCUCCGCCGAGUCUGACGGCGAGAAGCUGCCGUGCCGGGCCGGCGAUCCCCUGUGCGAGUCGGGCUCAGAGUGCAAGGACAAGUACGAGGACAUCGAAGAGGAAGAGGAGGACGAGGACGAUGACGAGGAGGACAUCGAGGAGGACGACGGCGGCGGCGGGGAGCGCGAACCGCCGGCCAAGCCAGCCACCUCCUCGCCGCUGGCCGCCGUGGAGGCCCCUCUGCUCGGCCACCCGCACGCCGACGCCGCCCGCAGCGCCAGCAAGGCGGCGCUGGGCGGCCGCGCCUCCCCCGGGCCCCCGACGCCGGCCAGCAAGCCCAAGCUCUGGUCGCUGGCCGAAAUCGCCACCUCGGACCUCAAGAGCCAGAACUUGGGCCAAGGCUGCCCGCCGGCGGCGUUGGCCUCGGCCACCCCCGCCUCCGCCCCGCACAGCGCUGCCUACUCGCCCUCCUCCCUCCUGGGGAGGCAUAUUUACUACACCUCACCUUUUUAUAGCAAUUACACAAACUAUGGGAACUUUAACGCUCUCCAGAGCCAGGGGAUCCUGAGAUACAACUCGGCGGCAGUGGCUUCAAACGAGGGACUCAGUCAGACUGUCCUGAAUGCCAGCUCUGUCCACAAGCAGAGCAGUGACUCUUUGAAAACGAUCACUAACCAGCUAGAGCAACAUUACAGGCCCUCUAGUUAUGACUCUAAGAAAGAUCCCACUGAAGUCUGCACAGUAGGAGUACAACCAUACCUAUAG